GAGGGCUGCUUUAAAGCCAAACGGGGCGGGUUGGAGGCUUGUCGUGCCCCCUCCGCGGAGCAUGGCUUGGCUGGCUUGGUUGCUGUGGAUUUGGGCUCUGGUAACCGCACUCGCCGUUUCGGGUCGCCGGGCUUUGAGUUACGUUUUUCACCGCUGCGGGAAAAGGCAGCUUUCCCUGCUGAUGCCCAUGGCUGUGGCGGGUUCCCUGCUGCUCCGCAUUGGGUAUAAUCUCUAUGCCCACACCCGGCUGGGCUACCUGUUAUAUAAACGACAGAUAAAGAAGGCACGCCAGCGUUAUCCCCAAGGACACUCAAUUCCCCAGCCUGUGGAGUUCAAUGGUUUGAAGAUCCUUCCCAUCCCUGUCCUGUCUGAUAAUUACAGCUAUCUUGUGGUUGACACAGGUUCCAACAGUGCAGUGGUUGUGGACCCUUCUGAUCCUUUGGCUGUACAGAGAGUGAUUCAGGAAGAGAAAGUGACACUGGAAGCUAUCCUGUGUACUCACAAACAUUGGGAUCACAGUGGAGGCAACACAACCCUGCGGCGGCGAUAUGGCUCCUGCAGAGUCUUUGGAAGCAGCUUUGAUGACAUUCCCGAACUUACAGAUCCCGUCACGGACAAGGAGACUAUAGUGAUUGGGCGCCUGAACUUCAAGGCUCUCUUUACUCCAGGUCACACUGUAGGGCACAUGGUCUAUGUCUUGGAUGGGAAACCGUUUGAAGGUCCUAGCUCUCUCUUCUCGGGAGACCUCCUCUUCCUCUCUGGCUGUGGUCGGAUCUUCGAAGGCACACCAGAAACAAUGCUGGCUUCAUUAGAUAUAGCAGCUGACUUGGCUGAAGAUACCCUGCUUUGGCCAGGGCAUGAGUAUGCACUUGAAUGCCUAAUGUUUGCAAGCCUUCUGGAGGCAGAAAACCCCUUUCUAAAACAGAAGCUCCAGUGGGUGAACCAACAGCGGCUUGAAAAGAGAAGCACAUGUCCUUCCACCAUUGGUGAAGAAAAACAGUAUAAUCCUUUCUUACGGACUCACUGCCAGGAGAUUCAGGAAUCCAUGGGCCUCCAGCGCCAGAGGGAUGAGGAGUGGGACAGUUUCCGGGCCCGGGUACUGAAGGAAGUGCGACUACGAAAGGAUGUCUACAAAGCAAACCUUUAAGUAAAGAGUCCAGUCUAGUGUCGGAGCUGAAUCAGACUUCUGCAAGGAGCAGUGCAGACACAAAAUGGAUUUUGUCACACUGAGAAACAUCCAACAUGGAUCACUGGUCUUUACACCACAACAUGAUGGGAAUGGCUGUUUUACUUGAUCUUUUCCGUCAGAAACUCUGAUUCCAGUGCUGUUUAUCCAUUUACUAUGACAAGUGGGAUCACAGCCUCCCAGGAAGAGUCUCACCUCAUGGAUGGAAGAGCAGAUUUUUUUUGAAAACCCAACAUGCAUCCCCAAUUCCUACAUGCUGUUUUUCUGCAGGAAGGGAUGGCACAGCAUAUAGCAAAGUGUCACUGAAACAGUUUUUGUGGGUUUAAGCAAAGUCUCUUGCAAUUCACUACAAGGGCGACUUCUCUUGUUUCCAUUAGAGACUAAUCCAUGUGUGGAAACUGAGGCUAUUUUUUGUCUUCCAGUUGUUGACUGGCACUUGAGAAGGAAGUUUGGCCUCCCCCCCCCCCCUUCCUCGGCCAAACCUUUUCUUAAGAACCAAAUCAUCUUGCAACUUGCAACCGUGUAUGUUCACGGAAGUUUGUUACUAUAUACUUUUGUUCCACUUUCCCCUCUUUUAAUAGAACUGUGAAGAUUGGAAUAACAUCUACCACUACACCAUGCACAGAUUUUUUGAAAUGUCCAGGCUCAGAUCAAGCAUGUCAGUGUUAAUGGAAAGUCUCUCAGCUCUCACUCUUCAUAAAACCCCAGGCCAAAAAUUGCUUAAAUUCCUGUGAGAACAGGAGAAUGGAAGUAGGAAGCUUGUUUGGAAGAUACUACUGGUCUUUCAGCCUUCCUUCGACAGAUCCCAUGCAAGUUGCUUCCAGAAGAUUGUGUAGGGCAACUUUGUGAUAUUUAACUCAAGUGUCUCAGGACCAUUGUCUUGAACUUAGUAUUUGUGUUACUGUAAGUAAUUAUAGUGACUGUUAUCUACAAUUGAACUGAGCAAAGGGUUUGAAAGAGAUGCUUUAUAACAUGUAACAAUGUGAGUAAAGCGCUUCACAUGGGAUCAUUAAAGCAGCCCUGUCUUUUUCCAAGCUUGUGCAGCUGUUUUGAAAGGGAUUCCUGAGCCAAGUGGCUAAAUCUACACAUUCAUGAUUUUUGCACCUGUGAAGUACCUUCUGUGAAUGCUUUGCACAGCCAAGUAUAAUUUAAUUCCAAUUAGUCUCUUAUUUGUUACAGCACAAAGUCUUUAUCAGACCAGGUUUUUUUUUAAUCUUGAAUGAAAUAGGAAAUAGUCUUUUGUGAUGCUAUUUUGUUUGGCGUAAGAGAUUUGUCAGCUAUACUCUUCAGUUUGGCUUGCUUUCUCAGAGUCUGUGAACAUUGCAUUCUGGAACAGAGAAAUUUGGAACACUUUUGAUUUGUAUGUACUACUGGGAAAUGUUUGCCAAAUGUUGACAUUUUAUGAUACCACUAAAAUGAAAUAUCCAGAAUUGAUAAUGCUGUAUCUUGCCUGCUGAAUCUCAGGGAAAAUAUUUUUAGAGUCCUUCAAAAUUGAACAAUGACUUUUAAAGCAAUCUUAUUGUGAAUUUGGAAUCUACACAGCUUUGUCAAAAAGGGAAUACAUCAGAGGGGCUGAAGACUAACCUGUGGAAGUUAUAUGUUGGAAAUAAAGUCACUAUGGAAAGGCA